AGGUUGUGAGACUUUGCCACUUCCAUGGCCCUGGGUCUGAGAGCACCUGUUGUAGAUGCCAUCAUCAUCCAUCUGCUGUCCCCCAUGGAGGUCUCGUAGGGUGCCACCAGGCGUGGUUUGUUGUUCACUGGCUAAUUGACAUGCUCAGCGCCAAUCCCAGGAGGGAAGUGCCUCUCCUCUCCAUGAAAAGAAAGAGCAAUCCUGAUGAAAAGAGUAUUGAUGAAUCCACUUCCAGCCCAGUAGAACAUGGAAAAGAAAAACCCAUCCAGAGAGAGCCCCAGAAGACUCUCAGCCAAACUCGGCAAAGGGACGGAGAUGAAGAAAGUAGCUCGUCAGCUCGGCAUGGCGGCUGCGGAGUCAGAUAAGGACUCAGGAUUUUCAGAUGGGAGCUCGGAAUGCCUGAGCUCUGCAGAGCAGAUGGAGUCCGAGGACCUGCUGAGCGCCUUAGGCUGGAGUGAAGACAGGCCGGGGCAGAACUCCAAGACUGCAAACAAUGCCUUCCCUACUCUGUCCCCCAUGGUCAUCAUGAAGAACGUGCUGGUCAAACAGGGCAGCAGCUCAUCCCAGCUCCAAUCCUGGACAGUCCAGCCCUCCUUUGAAGUGAUCUCAACGAAGCCACAGCUCUUAUUCCUUCACCCACCCGUACCAUCUCCUGUCAGCCCAGGCCAUGCCAGGGAGAAAAAGUCGGACUCCAGGAACUACUUGCCCAUUCUAAAUUCUUACACCAAAAUAGCCCCACACCCGGGCAAAAGGGGCCUUUCCCUUAGCCCAGAAGAAAGAGGAAAAAGUGGGGUACAGAAGAAAAUCUGUACCAAGAGACUGGGGCCAACCUCGUCUCCCAGGGAGCCAACCAAGACUGGUGCUGUGCCGUCCGGCCCCUCCACUCCAGCACCCCCUAGCACCAAACUGGUCGAGGACUCAGCUCCGCAGGGCGUCCCCUCCCUGGUGGCAGGUGGAAGUCCGCAGACUCUUCAGCCAGUGUCCAGCAGCCACGUGGCUAAAGCUCCCAGUCUGACCUUUGCUUCUCCCGCCAGUCCUGUCUGUGCAGCAGACAGUACUCUGCACGGGUUAGAGAGCAACUCCCCCCUUUCCCCACUGCCAGCCAAUUACAGCUCACCUCUGUGGGCUGCCGAGCACCUCUGCCGCAGCCCGGAUAGCUUUUCAGAGCAGCGGCAGAGCAAGCACAGGCGCUUUCAGAAUACCCUGGUAGUCCUGCACAAAUCCGGUUUGCUGGAGAUCACUUUGAAAACCAAGGAGUUGAUUCGUCAGAACCAGGCAACUCAGUUGGAACUAGACCAGCUAAAGGAACAAACCCAGCUGUUUAUAGAGGCCACCAAGAGCAGGGCUCCACAGGCUUGGGCCAAGCUACAGGCGUCUCUAAUAUCUGGGCCCAGUCAUACUGGCAGUGAUCUAGACGCAUUCUCUGAUCACCCAGACAUAUAGCACAGAAGGCCUAUUUUCCUGUUACUUGAGUGGUUCAUUUAAUUCUUUUGCUGUUACUUACUCCUGUUUCCCAAAGCUUAGGUGAGCACUUUUCUUUCUAAAUUUAAACUGUUUAGUGGUUCAGUUAUGAAGCCACAUGGCAGUACCUGGCUGUUGUCUUAACCUGUGGUCCAUGCCCAGAUUCCAUAUGCCUCUGUCCCACUGAUGACCUCUGACUCGGAGUGUCCUUGAAUCCCUUUUCCCUAGCCUGCAGGCACUCAGAUGGGACAUGGACAAGGCAGGAGUGAUGUCUGUGUGAGGCUCUUCUAGCUGCCACCUCCCACCAUCCCACUCACUAACCAGGAUCAGGGGUCAGUAUGCACCUGUCGAGCCUGGGAGCAGGCAACUUAAAGGUCCCUUUGUGCAUCUUCCCUCGAGUGUUUUGAUCACAGAGAAAAGUAAAAGGAGGUGUGUUUGCAUUCCACAAGGUAUCGUGUGGUUAGGCUGAAACCUAAAAUGCUUUGGGCAGAGGUUGGGCCUAGGGUGCAAGCAGCUUCAUCACUUAAGGCUUUGUUCUCUUAAACUUGAAAGUCAAGGAGAAAGGGUAGCACCAUUUGACUCAUACACUUUACUCACAAGCCAGAUUUCUCUUCACUUGAACUAUUAGGCAGAAGAACUUCAGGUUUGCAAAGUAUGGGGUGGAUUCAGUACCAUGUGGAAUUGUAUUUGAUGAAUUGAUUUUUUUAGUUGGAGCCUGAAGAACAUAGACAUAAUCAGCAUCUUUUGGUGAGGAGCUGGAAGAUUCUGGUGACUUAUGCUUUUUCUUUUAUCUUUUGAAACAAUGAAUUUUAAGGAUAACUUUUGGUGGUUCCUAAGAGUGUAGUAUAAGUUAAUGCUCUGCUCUCUUGUCCCCCCCCCCUUUUUUAAUAUAAAAAGGAAAAUGAGUGAUUAUUAUGUUUGAUAAACCCUGAAUUCAAUAAAAUCAUCCUGAGGUUAUAAUACAGAAGUCCACAAAAAAUUGGAAAACUUCCUUCUUGGUUUUCUUGCAGUGUAGUAAGUGGAAUAGAGCCCACUGUGUUUCUUUCACAUGUUGGAUAUUGACAGCAAAGCCAGAGGUGUAAUGUUGGUUGUGUGAAGUUCAUCUAGAAAUGAAAAACGCGACAGGAAUUUUCAGAUGAUACUACACAUUGUCUUCUACUUCAUUGUAUAGGUAAACUAGAUUUCCAAGUAUUAAAGUUUCAAACUUACUUUUUAUCUUCUCAUUUAAAAAUUUCAUCCUCCUGAAAAUCUUUGCACUUUACAAAUUACCUUAAUAAGGAGUUCUGUAUGACCAGCUCAUCUUUUCUGCAUGGAAAAUAUUCUGGAAGUUUUACCAAUAUUACCAAUAUUAAUGACCAUAUUGACUAGGUAAUACUAACUCUAAUGUAGUUUAAAAAUUAAGACUUCACAUCACCUAUACUUUGUUCUCAAACAUGGACAAUUUGAAUAUGAUCUAUUUAGGAAUAAACAACCCAGUAAAAGCUGUAGAUUCUCCUGAUCAAUGCAGAAUUAUCACUGCCGUUUGCUUUCUGAAAUCAGAGGAAAUGUGUCUUUUGGAAGACUCGGCUCCUUUGCAUCUUUUUCUCUUGGCCCCCUCCCUUCGUUACCCCUGAAUCUGUGCAGUACCCUCGCAGUUCUACCCUGUGCACCAUGCUAGGAAGCUUCCUUUUUGGCAGAAUGUGUUUGGCAGCAAAGCUACAGAGACAGGUGCACUCAGAACAGCCUGGGCACCAGUCAGAAGUCUUACUGAGUGUCAAAAACCUGAAAACACUUGCUGAGAACCAAGUUUAUUCCAUCAGAAAAACCCUUUGUGGAGCUAUAAGCCUCUUGGACCCUUCUUCCUAGAUUAAGGCUUGCAUUUCUCUUCCUGUCAUGGUAAAAUGAUGAUGAAAGCUGUCAUCAAGCCUCACUGUGAGUGGCAGGGAGAAGCGGCACCACCUGCAGCUCUUCUCUGACCUGGUGACUCAGUGCUGGAAGUCUCUGGAGGCUACUAGCAUGGGCAUCCUUCUCCCAGUGGAGCUGUAAGCAGAUGAAGCUAAGCAGAGCAGCUGGAUCUUGGAAGGAGAGAUCACUUGAGGCCCGCAGACUUUUAGAGCUGGAAGCCAGAUUGGCAAAUGUAGGAGCCUCGGAGUUGACCAGAAAGAUCUCCGUUGGUUGCACAGGCUGUAAGUAGCGAUGGUCUCAGCAAUGCAUGGUUCAAUCUGGUAUGAAGUACCGUGGCACAGCCACUGUUUGCUGAAAGUGAGAAGCCUUUCUUAGCUCAGCCCAGCCCUGAAGAGAACAUUGGUAGAUUUUGUUGGCAAUGUUGAGGCACAUUUAGAAAAAGCUGCUGAUUGAAUUGGUUAUGGGAAUAGAGUUUAAUGGCAUUUGUAAUUUAUUACACUCUCAUUGCUUUUUUAUUAAUUUAGUAUUGUCUGACUUUUCUUCUCUACUGUGGUUCCUUGAACAGAAAAGUAACUCCCAUGCUUUUCCAGCUAUGGAUUCUGUAGGGUAGAAAUUUAUUUACCAAAUGUGAAUUCUUUUGCGAAAGUAUGAAGUUUUGUAGAAAUUGACUGUGAAAUGUUAGAAAUUAAAGUCACUUACUUGACAACUA